UGAAUCACUGAGCUCGUGAAAACAGAGCGCCACCUCUGAUCGGAACAUUAGGCGUUUCCUUCGCCAGCAAGACAGACCGAAAGCAGACUUUCACCAUGGCUUUCCGAGGUGAGACGAGCGCGCGCGGUGUGUGACCGCGGCCUCAGAACCAGUCGCGCGACUCCCGCCGUUUCCUGCGCGGAUGCGAACGCGAGCCCAGGAGCGCGCGCGAGAGGCAGAGAGUACGAGAAGCGAUCCGUCCGUCCGGUCGGCCGCAGGGAUGGAGGAGCCGCAGCAGCAGCAGCAGCAGUUCACCCGCGAGGAGAUCAACGGCACCGUGUGGGAAGUUCCGGUCAAAUACUCGCGGUUAAAGCAGAUAGGCACCGGCGCCUACGGCACAGUGUGCUCAGCUAUCAAUGACAAGACCCAGGAGAAAGUCGCCAUCAAGAAGCUCCACAGGCCCUUCCAGUCUGAGAUCUUUGCGAAGAGGGCCUACCGCGAGCUCAGGCUGCUGAAACACAUGAAGCAUGAAAAUGUGAUAGGACUGCUGGACGUGUUCACCCCCGCCGCCAGACUGGAAUCCUUCCAGGACUUCUACCUGGUGAUGCCGUACAUGUACACAGAUUUGUCCAAGGUGCGAGGCCUGCUCUCAGAAGACCGUGUGCAGUUCCUGGUUUACCAGAUGCUCUGCGGACUGAAGUACAUUCACAGUGCUGGCAUCAUUCACAGGGAUCUGAAACCAGGCAACUUGGCGGUGAAUCAAGACUGCGAGCUAAAGAUAUUGGACUUCGGCUUGGCAAGGCAUGCAGAACAAGAGAUGACCGGUUAUGUUGUGACAAGAUGGUACCGAGCGCCUGAGGUUAUUUUAAAUUGGAUGCACUACAACCAGACAGUGGACAUCUGGUCAGUUGGGUGCAUAAUGGGAGAAAUGUUCAACGGAAAGACACUCUUCAAAGGAAAAGACUACAUGGACCAGCUGGUUCAAAUCAUGAAGGUGACAGGGACGCCUGGCCCAGAAUUCAUUGAGAAACUCGAAAGCCAGGAGGCAAAGAACUAUGUGAAAUCACUUCCCUUUUAUCCUCGGAAAGAUUUCUCAGCGCUGUUUCCCCGGGCCAGUGAACAAGCGGUGGACCUGCUGGAGAAGAUGCUGGUUUUAGACGCUCAUACACGCAUCACCGCUGAUUGCGCACUGGCCCACAGUUACUUCGAUGGCUUGAGGGAUCCAGAAGACUGCCCGGAGCCCAAGCCAUACGAUGACAGUUAUGACAAUGCCACGCUGCCCCUAGAGGAAUGGAAGAGGUUGUCGUUUAAAGAAGUGAAGAGUUUUGUUCCGUUUCCAAGAAGAGACUCGAAGAGGAGAAACACACUGACAAUGUCUUAGUGAUGUUACACUAUGUCACAGCCACGCCUUUAUGCAGACGAUUGGUGCGGAGGAACGGCAUGUAUGAAUGUUUACACGGAAAUCUAUUACAAGUCAUGACAAUCCAGGAUGAGUCAGUAAUAUGAAUGUACCUUUGUAGUGUGCCUGACAAGUAAGCUUAAGGAUGUACUGCUGUUAUAGUAGCAAUCGCCUUUCAUUUGUUGCCUUGAAGCCUGUGUUUUAGGUUUGGAAAUAUAUUUUUUAAAAAAGGAAAAAAAUUACAUUCAUUUGGAUUCUUUAAAUCAGAUCGGCAAUGUUGUGGCUUUGUGUGCUCAGGAGACAGAAAAAAAAUAUAACUAGAUGUCUAGAUACUAUAUGUCAAGAGCUGUACAGUUUUUCACUAGCAGGGUCCCUAGAUAUUGUUUGUAAUACUGAAUAGAGAUUUUAAAGAAUAAAUAAAUAAGUAAAUGCAGAAGUGCCCAUCAGAGUAUACUGUACAAUAAAGCAUAGCACUGUGUAUCAAAACCAGCUGAAGUGCUCUAAUGUGGCACUGCUGUUCAAGAACUUAAACCCUUAAAACUACUUAACCUUGACGAAGAGCUGGAGAAGCAGAUCAGAGGAAGAGAUCGGGCAUAAUUAAAGUUCCCUUUAAAAACCCUGUAGUGGGUGUAUCAGGAACUUCUCCAGCAACAGUUCAGCGGAAACCAGAUCAAAUUCAAUGAUAUGAUAUAUACAUGACAGGUUGGCACAUGCCAUCAGUCUAUUAAUAGUGUCACCAUUAGAGGGACUAUGGAUUGUGUGAUAUGGACUUUUUCUGUUACAUUGGAAUUUUUACUUUUCAUUGAUGAUCAUUUUCAACACAGCAGUUGCACGCAGUAUGGUCUUACACAUCUGGCCCAUACCAGAUGUGUAAGACCAUAUAUGACGUUAUACUGUAGGUAUUGAGAUAUACUGUAUGUAAUGGUCAUAUGACAGGGUAUGUUAUAAAAUGAUUUGUGAAUGUUGUUUAUGGUGCAUAGCUUUGUAAGAUGCAUUUGAUAAUGGUAAUGAACCCAGUACACUUAUGACAAUCAAUCAUGUAGUAUUUUGAUGACAUAUUUUUAAAUAAAUGCCUUAAAAAGACUAGACGUA